GUGGGCUCAGCCAUGUCUGCGAUGGUCUUGUCUGACACCCAUCUGUUGGGUCGUCUUCGUGGCCAUUGGUUUGAUAGACUUCGUCGUGAGUGGCAAAUGAGGCGCUCCUUCCAGACAUCACUUCAAUUGUUUUCGCCACAAAUGGUCAUCAUUUUGGGCGAUGUCUUCGAUGAGGGGCAGUGGGCUUCCGAUGAAGACUUCGACACAUAUGUCCAGCGCUUCCAUCAUAUGUUUGCCAUCGACUCACUCAAGACUAAACUGAUUGUCGUUGUGGGCAAUCAUGACAUUGGUUUCCAUUACUGGACGGAUCGAUAUCUACGGCGACGCUUUGAACAGGCCUUCAAUACAUCGGAUGUGGAUCUGAUUGAAGCGCCAAAUGGUGUCCACUUCGUGACAAUCAACUCGAUAGCACUGGAAGGGGAUAACUGCUACUUAUGUGUCGGUGCCGUUCAAAAGCUCACAGAAAUUGGAGAUGAAUUGAAAGCGCGAAACAUAUCACCCGUUGUUUUGAUGCAUUUCCCACUGUUUCGAGAAAGUGAUGCCAUUUGUGUUGAAUCCGAUUCUCUCUCUAAUGAUCAGAAGAAUAACAAAAAUAAGGAGAGAAUUGAUUGUCUGUCGAAAGAGUCGACAGAUUUGGUGUUAGAAGUACUGAAUCCCAAACUGGUACUCACCGGUCACUCCCAUCACAGUUGUGUAGUCACUCACGAGUCGGGCAAAGGGGUGACAGCGAAGGUGACUGAGUGGACAGUGGCCUCAUUCAGUUGGCGCAACAACAAGAGUCCGAGCUUUCUGUUGGUGUCACUCACUCCCGAUGACUACUCCAUCCACAAGUGCUUCCUUCCCAAUGAGAACAUUGUUUUUCUCAUUUACGCCAUUAGUCUCUUAGUUAUGAUUUGUGUCAAUAUUCGCACCAUUUUUGUCAAUUACUACACCAAAUAUAAGUCUAACUAAUGAUAACUAACUCAGAGUCAAUUAUCUGUACACCAAUUGUAGCUGUUUUUAAAACUUACUUAUUUUUAGAUAUUUAUACCAAUUAUUACACAAUUUGACAAAUAAAAUCAAUGUUUAUUAUAGGCCUAAAAAUGAUGCACUUUAUGCUACUGUUCAGCCGUCAGGGAAAGCUUCGGCUCCAGAAGUGGUUCGCCGCACAACCCGAUAAGUCUAAGAAGAAGAUCACCCGAGAGUUGGUCACUAUUAUCCUCUCACGUAAGCCAAAGCUCUGCUCUUUCCUCGAGUGGAAAGAUCUUAAGAUAGUCUACAAAAGAUAUGCGAGUCUUUACUUCUGCUGCGCUAUCGAGCAAACAGACAACGAAUUGUUGACAUUAGAGAUAAUCCAUCGUUACGUCGAACUCUUGGAUAAAUACUUCGGAAGUGUGUGCGAAUUGGACAUAAUCUUCAACUUCGAGAAGGCGUACUUCAUUUUGGAUGAGCUUCUAAUCGGUGGUGAGAUUCAGGAGACGAGCAAAAAGAAUGUGUUGAAAGCGAUCGCCGCCCAAGACCUGCUCCAAGAGGAGGAAACCCCUCAGGGAUUCUUCGAAGACCACGGAUUGGGUUAAAGGAACUACAGUUUGCUUUUAAACCAUUUUUGACACUUUUGGUGCACACAUUCGGCAACUCUUUAUUUAUUGAAAUCCGUAUUAAAUAUCAUUAAAUAUUAUAUUUUCGUUUUAUUUUAUAGUUCAGGC